UACCUACCUACAUACCUACUGAAUACUUCCCGGUUCUGCGUUAACCCCACCGUGCCGUCACUCCACACCCCUACACAUACCUACGCAUACAUACAUACACACGGGGACAAACGAACAUACGCGCGCACACACUUCCUGGUCUCUCUUGGUACAACCGCUUCCUUGCAUUCAGUCGCACACACGGGAGACAGCCGCCCAAGCCGUCGCUGUUGAAAUACGCCUUUGCCGUCAGUCUUGAGGCCUCCGCGAAAGUAAACAGCCUUCGCGGGCUGGUUGCGGGCGCCUCUGCCGCAUCAUGAAGUUCGGCAAGCAAAUCCAGAAGCGUCAGCUCGAAGUACCAGAAUAUGCUGCCAGCUUCGUGAACUACAAGGCGCUCAAAAAACUCAUCAAGAAGCUCUCCGCUACCCCGACCCUGAGCGCCCAAAAUGAUCCUCACUUUACUCCCUCACCGGUAGACGCCCAAGUCGCCCUGCAGGCAAACAAAGCGAAGUUCUUUUUUCAGCUGGAACGGGAACUAGAAAAAGUCAACGCAUUCUACCUCCAGAAAGAGGCGGAGCUCAAAAUUCGCCUUCGAACGUUGCUCGACAAGAAGAGAGUGCUACGGUCCCGCCAGGGCGUCUCUAGACGAUCGGCCAAGUUCGCGACGCUACAAGAAGGGUUCCAGCAAUUUGCCAACGACCUAAACAAGCUUCAGCAAUUCGUCGAGAUCAAUGGGACCGCGUUCUCCAAGAUCCUCAAGAAAUGGGACAAGACAUCCAAGUCUAAAACCAAGGAGCUGUACCUCUCUCGUGCCGUGGAGGUGCAGCCGUUCUUCAAUGCUACCGUGAUAAGCGAGCUCUCGGACCAAGCGACGACGAGCCUACAAGAACUAGGCGCUUGGGAGGACGGCGAUCAUGUCACGUUUGAGGCUCGAUCGGAGCACAUGGUGAGCAGUCAGCACCUUCUCGGAACCGACGAAGGCGACGCUGAUAGUCUGCUACUUGAAACCGCCAUCGCCGGCAACUUGGAAUCCUUACGAGACCUUCUUUCGAGGAUGCGGGCCGGCUCGGCUUCGCCGACGGGGAUGGAUGUAUCCUUGAUGGAAAGGGUGACGCGUACUUUCCUAGCUGCCAUCCACGAAGCCCCUCAGGCGUCCCUGGAAGUCUUGUUGGAGACCGGCCUUGUUGACAUUCGGUCUGAGGAUGACAUAAACGAGAGGAAUUGCCUCCACCAGGCUACCAUAUACGGCAACUCCUUCGUGUUAAAUAUCGGUCUCUCGGGGGGAGUGGAGGUCAACAGAACGGAUGUCUACGGGCGAGUGCCGUUGCACUACGCGAGUAUGCAUGGUCGACUGGAUAUGCUUGAUCUUCUCCUUCAAGCCGAUCCAUCGACAAUCAGCCUCAUCGAUCACGAUAACUUCACCCCGCUGAUCCAUGCUAUCAUACACGGGCACCUCGAGUGCGUCCAGCGGCUUCUCGCUACGUCGUCCUGUUUGGAUCCUGUAUCGGAGACGGACCACAUACCACUCAACCUGGCCUGCGAGCAUGGAUCGCUCGACAUAGUCGAGCUUCUCCUGCAGCACGGCGCGCGGAUACUACCUGAUGCCGAGGGAUUGUACCCGCAGCACCUGGUCGCGAGGUCAGGCCAAACACCUCGGUUGCUUCGCCUGCUGCAGGAAUACGGUGCCGAUCUCGACCAGAUAGAUAAACUCUAUGGGUGGACGCCGUUGGUGCACGCGGCUAGCGAGGGAAAUGUGCCUUGCCUAGAGGAGCUUCUAAACGUGGGCGUCGAUCCUAACAUCCUCGACGAGAAGGAUUUGCCUGCUAUGUAUUAUGCGGCCUGGGAAGGACAUCUAGAAUGCAUCCAAAAACUGACACCCUAUCAGAAAGGCAAAGCGGUGAGCCCUCUGAUGAUGCACGCGAGUGGCCCUCUCCUCGCUCCUCUGGGUAGCGGGAGCGCGCCUGUUCCUAUGUCGCUCGACGUCGAUGCUAUUCCUAUCCUCGAGCUGCCCCCUCCGAUCAUACCUUUACGCCGAUACGGCCAUAACUUCCUGGACACAAAGGCCGUCGUCCAAAUCAGCUUCCAGGACGAAGACCACCCCUUAGUAUUUUUCCACGAUAGCAAAUAUCCCGCCGCUCGGCUCACCAUAUCCUCUAAACUGUCCGACCUUAUACCCAAGAACAUCAUGCUGCCUUUCCAAGAGGAUACCCGGCUCGUAUCCUUCCAGGUCGACAAUCUCGACUCUUUCACGCUCGAUUUCGACGUCUUCCCGACCUACGGCGCUAAGAUCAUCGCAAAGACGGUUGCCCUCCCCAACACGUUUCGAGCUUCGUGGAGCAGCUCGGGGAAGUGCUGUCUGCCGUUAUUCGACCCCCGGCUACGGGCGAUCGGCCAGAUUACCUUCAAUACCCAAGUGAUCAAGCCGUUCCAGGGGACGCCGUUGGAAAUUACGGACUUUGAGACUUAUUGGAAAGCCACGAGCCAGCUCGACCAAAACCCUAACACGUUUGUAACCGGCUCAAGCUUGUCCGGCGACUUCGUCCAGCUGUACGUUCAGCAUACUAGUGACGGGAUCCCGGUAAUAUGGCCGCGGUGGAUGAUACCGUGCGGCGGCGUUGAUAUAUCAGUUUCGCGGUUGUCGUUCGAGCAAUUCUCGACUAUCACGGCCUCGAAUCCCGGUCGCGCCCAGCUCGCCUUGGUACAUUCGCAAGAUCUUCGAGGCAUCGCCGAGGUCCAUCGCGUUAUAAAUACGGCGGGGGUUUCCUUGGAGCAGGCACUCUCCCUACUCCCCAACUCGAUGCACGUCAACCUACAGAUCAUCUACCCGUCGGAAGAAGAAGAAAGGCAGCUCGGGCUGGGGCCGACGGUUCACGUCAACAACUUUGUAGACGGGAUACUCACGAUAGUAUUCGACCAUGCGAGGGAACAGCGCGCGCAGAGGAUGUCAGCCCCGGAGACGGUCAGAUCGGUGGUCUUCAGCUCUCACAACCCGACGCUGUGCACGACCCUGAACUGGAAGCAGCCGAAUUUCCCCGUGUUCCUCUGCAACGACCUCGGCCGGGAGGAGGCCAUGCUUGCGCCCAACGUGAUUCGGAGCAGCGGACGAAGGACGUUCUCGGUUAAGGAGGCAGUGAGAAUAGCACAGAGCAAUAAUUUCAUGGGCCUGGUGUGCUGCUCUGGGCUUCUGAACAUGGUCCCGGCUCUCGUGGACGCGAUCAAGUCUCACGGGUUGGUCCUGGUGGUGGACAAAUCAGCCGAGCUGGUUACGGAGCCGUACCUAGGGACGGACGUGUUCCCCAUCCCCAAGGGGGUGGACGGAUUGCUGAGGGGUAACGGGGUCUUACGGUUCAACGAGUCCAUAGACGUGUAGACACAAAAUACGGGCAGGUCGUUCGGUUGGUUUGCGCAGGAGCUUCCGGAGCUGAUGUGAGAGGAAAGGGGGAAAAAAAAG